AAGCGGCCAGCUCGCCCGGACUGCUCCACACACAUCGACCGUCGAUUGGCGUGUUUCCUUUUCCAUAGCGUUAGUAUAGCGACGCCCACCAUGGCACAAGCAGCGCAAACCGAGGUCGAGGACCCGCUCUACAACUUGCGCCUGUCCAUCAAAGCCUCAGCGACACCCAUCCUGAGCACCAGCGCCGAACCCACACCCGCCGACUACAUCGACGACCUGGCGCGGGCGACACACAUCACAUUCAACGUCGACGGCGCGCAUCGCACAUUCGACCUCACAUCAGACACGCGCUUUGCGCCAGACAGCAAGCCUGUUGACCUACGCACCUGUUACUUUGCCUGGGUGAACAAGGAUGCCUCCGUCACCGACUACUUUGCGGCGGUGACGACAUUGAACGAAGAGCUGCCGGGCGGCGCAGGCGGAAGCGUGCAGAACUUGACUUUCGCGCAGAAGAUCGAGUUGAUGGCGUGGUUGAGCGGAGAGACAGAGGGCAGCGACAGCAUUGCGCCCAUCGACAGCGGCGCGGCGACAGCAGCAGCGGGCGAUGCGGCGGCGAUUGCCGGUGGAAAAGGCGUGCCGGUCGAUCGCAACAUGAAGAGCACACAGGGCGGCUUGGUCGACGCGCGACUGCUUCAGAUCUACGACGGCGAGAGGAACAUGGGCGACCACAACACCAUCCUGCGCGGACACAAGCCAAUCGACUUCUCCCCCUACCGCAAAACCGCCGCCUCCUUCUUCCGCAACCGCCCCGACUCGCACAAACCCUCCGCGCCCCAACCCGCCCUCGUCUCGAACCUCACCAAGAAACCGCACCAAAAAGUCCAACCCAUCAUCCUGCUCUCACCCUCGGCCUCCUCCCUGCUACGAACCAGCAACAUAAAAUCCUUCCUCGACGACGGCAUCUUCAUCCCCCCGAACGCCGCCGACACGACGUCGGCAAACAUGAUCCAAAUCCGGCGCCCGAUGCCCUCCAUCUCCUCGCAGCCCAUCACCUUCAUCCUGGUCGACAGCACAACCUCGUUCAAGCCCACAUACUGGUCGCGCGUCGUCGCCGUCUUCACCACAGGCCAGACCUGGCAGUUCAAGAGCUACAAGUACCCGAAUCCCGCAGAGCUGUUCAGUCACUACCCGGGUGUGUAUGUGGGGUGGCAGGGCGAAGAUACGCCCAAGGGGAUCCAGGAUCUGGGGCGUGGUGUGCUGAGUGCGAAGGUGGAUAAGUGGACGGGCAGUGAGAAGGGGCGGUGGAGGGAUAGGGAGGUUGUGGAGAGGAUUUGGGGGCGCAUUGAGGAGGGGAUGAAGAGGGCCGGGUGGACGAAAGAGGGGCCGGGGUUGGCGGGGCAGCAGCCUGGGCGGUAGAGACGGCUAGGUUGACAUGUGUGCGGGAUGGUGAUUGAGGGGGAGCAGAGGGGAAGAGGCGAAGAUGUAUUGGUACGAGGCGUUGGGCGUUGGGAUCGAGGAGCAAACAACAUGGCAUACCUCGAAAAGCUGGCGUUGAUCGGGCAAGGCAAGAUUGAAAUGAGAUACUGUUUGAACACAGUCGAGAAGCCCGUACAAGUGAUGUGAGGUGGAAGUGAGUGGAAGCGAUGUGUGAACUGAUAUCGCAUGUCGCGCUCAUGCAUUCGUAAACUAUAUGUAGAAAGCGCACAAAACCCGCCAUUACCCAUC